GGCGGUCGGGUUCUGGCACUGAGGAGCAAACCCUUCCCACCUCGAGCUGCUUCCGACAGCUGCCAGCAGCAGCAGCAGCGGCGGCGGCGGCGGCAGCAACAACAGAGGGAGCUGCCUGCAACAAAGUUACAAACUUGGAAGCCGGGCUCCUCUCACAGUUAUGGAGGAAAACUCUUCCAAUGAGAAAUCUCUUGCCAUGAACAUGAACUUUCCACCCAACCAAGAUACAGUGUGUGUGUUUGGAACGGGAGACUUUGGAAGGUCAAUUGGCAAUAAGAUGUUCCAAUGUGGCUACUCUGUGGUCUUUGGCAGUCGAAACCCUGAGAUGUCUGGUCUGCUCCCCAAAGGAAUAAACGUCUUGAGCUAUGCAGAAGCUGCCCGGAAGUCCGACGUGAUCAUCAUAGCAAUCCACAGAGAACAUUAUGAUUUUCUUACAGAAUUAGCUGAGGAACUACAAGGAAAAAUAUUGGUGGACGUCAGCAACAACCUUAAAAUUAAUCAGUAUCCUGAAUCCAAUGCAGAAUAUCUCGCUCAAAUGGUGCCAAGAGCCAAAAUUGUGAAAGCAUUUAACACAGUCUCAGCCUGGGCUCUCCAGUCAGGCACCCUGGAUGCAAGCAGGCAGGUAUUUGUCUGUGGAAAUGACAAAGAAUCUAAGCAGAGGGUGAUGGAUAUUGGCUGUACGCUUGGGCUUACUCCGGUGGAUCAAGGAACUCUCAUGGUAGCCAGAGAGAUUGAAAACUACCCCCUGCAGCUCUUUCCAAUGUGGAAAUUUCCUCUAUACCUCUCUGCUGCCUUAUGUAUUUUCUAUUUUGUUUACUGUGUGAUAAGAGAGAUCAUCUACCCCUACAUUAAUGAAAAGAAAGACUUUUCAUUUCUCUUGGCCAUUUCUAUUCCAAAUCGUAUCUUCCCAGGGAUGGCUCUCAAUCUUCUUGCCCUGGUUUACCUCCCUGGGAUCAUUGCUGCCAUUUUGCAAUUGUACCGAGGUACCAAAUAUAGCCGCUUUCCAAAAUGGCUUGACCACUGGAUGCUUUGCAGAAAACAACUUGGACUUGUGGCAUUGGCCUUUGCCUUCCUCCAUGUCCUGUACACGCUGGUGAUACCCAUCCGCCAAUACGUGAGAUGGAAGUUGAACAAGAGAGUCAUUGACCAGAUAAAAGCCAAUAAAACUGAACCUUUUAACACAACCUCUGGCUGGAUCAGUGACUCUUACCUAGCCCUUGGCAUUUUGGGAUUUUUCUUAUUUGUCCUUUUGGGAAUCACUUCCUUGCCAUCGGUCAGCAACAUGGUCAACUGGAGGGAGUUUCGAUUUGUCCAGUCCAAACUUGGAUACUUGACAUUGGUCCUGUGUACAGCACAUACCCUCGUUUAUGGUGGAAACAGAUUUCUCAGCCCUUCAAUUCUCAGGUGGUACCUCCCUUCAGUCUAUAUACUAAGUCUCAUCAUUCCUUGUACGGUGCUGGUCUUGAAGUUCAUCCUGAUAAUGCCGUGCUUCGAUCGGCCACUUACACGGAUACGACAAGGCUGGGAAAGAAACUCCAAAGUCUCCUCAAAGGCCCAGUUAGAAAAUGGCAAAUCUGAGGUGUGAGGUAGCUACCAACCCAUCACCUGGGAAUUCCCCAGCAAUGGCCUUGAAUGAAAUUCUGGAGUGUGUUCCUCUCUAAGCCUUCCUUCUUUUCCUCUCUCUAGAGACAUAAAGAGUAGGCAGGAGAGGACAUUUUGGUAGGAAGGAACCAAGAAACCAUUGGACAUUUGUAAGAGGAGAUCCACUCUUUCUUAACUUAAGUUUUGAUGCUGGGAUAGCUGAAAAAUUUUGAUCAACUUCAGUUUCAUGGAAUGAGCAAAUUUACUUCAAAGGUACCAUGAUUUCAUUGGACAAAUGGGAGAUCCUUCCUUUAAGCCACAUUGUGACCUCUACUUUCUACAUCCCACCUACCCCCAAUACCUUGAUGGUCUUCAUAAAUUGCUGUGAAAAAAAGAAAUCAAUAUCUAAUAACAAACCUCUCUGGCACUGAGUAUCUCUUGUCUUAUCCAUUGAUAACCCUCAUACAAUAUACUCCUUGUCCAUGAAGAAGUCCCUACUAGAACCCUUUCUAGCUUGAGAGAACCUGCCCAAAUUUGUGCCUUGCUGGUUUAGCUUUUAAGAACUUAACAAGACCUGAGUAUUAGGGAACACUGAAGAAAAGCCUUCAUGGAAGGCAGAAGCCUUCAUGAAUGUAGAAACACUCAAUACUCAAGAAAGAGCAGGAAGAAGAAACUCCCUCUCUUCUUCCCUCCCUUCCCUACAAAAUCAAGAUGAAGUGAAGCCAGAUAAACAAUGUGGUAUUGUUCUAUCAUGGAUCAGGUUGUGCUUGUUGCUUCAGUAUGUUUCAUUAUUUGUAUAUGUCCAAUUCAUUCAGGGCUGACAACAUGUAAUAUUAUCUUAUUACACAAUCCACAGUGAUGAUUGUUCCUAUAACCUUAUCAAAACUCAUUCUUAUGGUAAACAAUGAAAUGUAAAAAGAAAAUGCAGAAAUGCUGGAUCUAGGGAUUAGUUGAAGGACUGGCGGUAUGUGAGUCUACAAACGUGAAGACAGGUGGGAGAUGACAGAUACUCUCAGGUUUCUGAAGGGCUCUCAUGUAGAAAAAGGAGCACAGCUGGGUGAUGCACUAGAUAGAGCACUGGGGCUGGAGUUAGGUAGACCUGUCUUCCCAAGUUCAAAUCCAGCCUCAGAUGCUUAUGAGCUGUGUAAUCCCACACAAGUCAAUUAACUCUGUUAGCCUCGGUUUCCUCAUCAGUCAAAUGAGUUGGAGAAGGAAAUGGCAAACCACUACAAUAUCCAUCUUUGUUUAAAAAAACAAACAAACCCAAAUGGUAUCAGAAAGAGUCUGACAUGACUGAAAAAUGACCAAACAACAUGUAGAAAAGGGAUUAGACAAAUAAGUUCUUGUCUCCAGAAAGCAGAGAAAGAAACUAGGAGCAAUAUAGGGUUGUAAUAAUGUUUGAACAACCAGCUUUGGGGGAGAGGGAAACAUUUUAAAAUCUGAUCUAUGUUAUUAACCUUUUUCCCCAUCACUUUCUUAAGUCUGAAAUAAUCAACAAAACAACAAAUCAAAAGCAUGGUUUGGAGCAUUUUGACAAUUUAAGGUAUAAGUGCUUACCCUGGAAAUUUAACUGUCAGCUAUUGGUUGAAAGCCCAGGCCAGUCUGUCUCUGGACUAAUGGGUAGAAGGUACAAAAACACAAGGUAUUAUUUGAUGUCAAGGGAAAUAAUCCUAAUAAUGAGAGCUAUGAAAACUCUGCUAAUAAAAAGUCAUCAUGGAAGAUCUGGAUAACCAUUUGUUUAGCAUAAGGCUCUACACUAUUUCCUGUACCUAGUAUAUGCAUAGCACAUAAUAGGAACUUUUAACAAAUGUUCAUUUCUUAAAUCCUAACUUUCUGUUUUAGAAUUGAUAUUAUCAAUUCCAAGGCAGAAGGUGUGUGAGGGCUAGGCAACUAAGGUUAAGUGACUUGCCCAGGGUCACAUAGCUAGAAAAUAUUUGAGGCCACAUUUGAACCCAAUUUUUUUUUGUCUUCAAGCCUGGCUCUCUUAUCCACUGAACCAUCUAGCUACCCUGAUAAGUGUUUGUUGAUUGACUAUGGUUGACUAUUUUAUUUCAAAUAUUGUUGGGUUAGAUGGCCAGCAAGCUCCAUUCCAAAUUCUAAAGUGCUAAGAUUCAGGGUAUUGUGAUGAUCAAAGAUUAUGGAAUAUUCCAAAGCAGUUAAAUAAGAUGGUGGUCAAGAAGAAACAAUACUGGAAGAAGAAACAGAAACAAUUUUUUAAAAAGGAAAAGAAAGGAGAAUGGGUUGAUAUUAUAAAAAUACAAAGAAAAACGAGUCUGGAAGGAAACAUGAACAGAACAAUUUUGUUUCUACCAUGAUAAAUUUAAUAUGCAUUUUGAGAGAUAAACUGUACAUAACAAAUUUGUCAUGCCAUAUUCAUCUUUUUCAUUUGUGAAUUAAAAAUGUCUUUGAUUAGGUUUAUAAUAAAAUUUUUAAAGGACACUG